UUCUAGAAUUAGAUGAUUUCUCGACCGAACUCGUGAAUGUAUACUAGAUAGACAUUUAUAUUUCGAGUCUGAACUUAUAUUCUAUAACAGUUUGAUAUUUUAGAUUUGAACACUAAUCUAUGAAUAGAGUUUCCCGGUGAUAUUCUUCAAAAAUUUGAUUCUUAGAUAUGUAUCUGGAGUGAAAAUAAUUUUUACAAAUGUCCAUCUUUUUAAAUUUCACUUAUGUAGUUCACCGAAUUCAAAGAAUAAGUUACAAAAAGAAACAAAAUUCAUAUCAGUGAAAAAUAAUCGAAAAUGAAAGCAUAAUUUUAUAGAAGUAUAAAAUAAAAUCACUUAUGGAGACUCACUAGUAAACAAAUCGAGAGCAGAAAACCUAAACUCCUUUCGGCAUUUUACAAUCGAUGUUGCCUAUCUGGUUUUUGUGAUUUUUGUCAGCCGCAAAACUUAAUUUUUUGUGUGCAUAUGAAGUCUUAAAAAUAAUUAAAAUGAGCUGUAAUAUGUUAACUCUUCAACAACAAUGAUAGACCAAUAUUUGUAUUCGUCAUUUUACAAUCGAUAAAAUUGUGCUUACCCGGAGGCAGAGGAUUGGCUGGAGAUGGAAGGAAUUUGGGUAGAGAGGACGCUGGAGGAAGUAGAAUUGGUGAUGAAGCUAGCUUGCAGCAAUGAAGUAGCGGACAGAGAUGAUUGCUAACAUGAGAGGUAGGUAUUUCCGUGAGUGGGUGAUUGAAUGAUUAUGAUGGUAGGUUAUUUUAUUUGAAGUAAAUUGUCGAGAGUAAUACUGAACAGAUUUUGCAAUAUCACCACCUGCUAAAAAAGUUUUUCAAAAGCAUAGGAAAAAAGAUCUAAUGCUCAGUAAGGUUCAAGUGUUUGAGAGCUGAUUAUUGCCUCCAUUUUUUUUUUUUUUUUACAAUUAUUAUGCUUGCUAUCUUUGAGUCUUCAUUAUCGUCCUCAUUGUUCUAUUCCUCAAUUUUUGACCGGCUGUGGAUUUUAUUGACAUAGACUAAAGUCUUAAGAGGUUGUUCCCAUUGUAAAAAGGGAUGAUUAUUUAAUAAUAUGUAAAGUUCCAUUGUUACCUGCAGACAAGGACAUGGAAAAGGAUACGUCAACUUUAAGUCAAUACAGAUGAUGAUCCAAUGGAUUUUGGGUUUGAUUCUCCAGCAAAUAAAGAUAAGAAGAAGAAUUCGUUCAAGCUGUGAGUGUAACAUGCCUCAUAUGCUUCUUAGACCAUGUAUACGCCUAAUCUCAUGCGGUUCAAUCAUGGAUUUUUUCUCCUUCAUCAUGCUUCUUAGAUUACUUCUCUAAGAUGCAGUUGCUUGACAAAAAGGCCUAAUGUCUCAUACCAAACAUUUGACUAACCGCCCCUAAUCAAUCAGGUUUCAUCUAUUUCUCUCCCUCUCUCUAUUUUGUAUCUUCCCUUACUAUUUCUAACCAGUUUUAUGAUACCUUCAUUGGAGCUGACUGGUAGAUGUGUAGUUGCGGAGUUGCAGGAAGUGGGUAAAGUUUAGUCUGCUCAGAUGCUUAGUACACUCACAAGAGCUUCCCAUCCUGUUCUCGCUACAUUACCUUGCUAUAAAAUUGAUAUGGUAAGAGCAUAAUGAUGUAUAGAAUGUGAUUAUUAUCUUUUAAGUUGAAGACAUGGUUUAUGUAUGGUGUGUUUAUGAAAUUCAUAUGUAUAACAGAGAUGAUGAGCUUUCUGUAUUGAAAGUGGGGAAAGUGGGGGUCAUCUUUUGAUAUCCCAGAACUGGAUGUUGUAAAAUGUAUAUCAAAUUGAUUUGCUUUAAUUUGAGUUGUUAGAUGUGACCACGAGGAGGCAAAUUCAGCAGACAAGUGUUUGUCAGGGUAUUUGGAAUCAAAAGUUACAGGCAUUUCUUUCACGAUACUCAGGACAGUGACUUGAAAAUGCUUCAGAAGGUUAGUUUGAUGAGCUGUUUUUAACUAUUCGGAGGAUAUGAUAUAGAUAUAUUCGGUGAGGGUUUGAGGAGUCUAAAUUUCUGAGUUUCGUAUGAAUAUGAAAAAUAUAAUCGAGUUUUGAUUUUAAUGAGACUGUUGAGUUUAUAUACUAUCAGUGUUGGUUAUUGUUGUGGAGUUUCUAAUAUAUCACUUCUUUUGUGACUUGAAACUUGAUACCCCAGAAAACAGAGGUGUUCUUCUUCUUCUUGAAGGUAAGAACAUAAUCCAAACUGAAGAGAAGUAUCAGAAGAGCAAGGGUUGCAAGAUAAGCCAUUCUUUCGCUUCUAUUAAGAGAAACCAUGUCGUCUGAAAAUGACAAAAACAUCUACCAAAGCCUCUUUAGUUUGAUCUGACUCUCCAUCGACAAUAUAUGAACUCAUGUUGUCUCUCAGUUCUGACUCAUGUCUAACUCCCCCACCACAAAUUCUUACACAACAAUAGACAAGAAUAGCUCAAACUUUAUUUGAUCACCAGACAUACAAGUUUGAUUAAUGGACUACGCCCUACAUACUACGGCUUCACAUCACGAGGUUAAAACUUACCUACCAUUCUUCUCAUAUUUUUGCAGUAAUUCCCCAUGAAAGAACAUAUGCAAUUUAUGUUUUGGUCAAUAUUGCAGGCUCUGCAAUAGUUCCAAGUUUAUGAAGACAGCUUCAAACUCCCCAUUGAGAUCUCAAAAAUAUUCAUGCACUCCAAACGGAGGUGAUUUUAAUCCCUCCCUAAAUUAUUUACACUCUAUUAUAUAGAGACAAGUUUGUUCUACUGUAUAGUAUAGCAUGGUGAUAUAUUCAUAUUUUCAUUCAUACCAUGUAUUCAACUGAUUGAGAACUAAGUGAAUAUACAAUUUAUAGCAAACGUCAUCACCAGUCCAGUACCAACCAACGAUUCUGAUUCUCCACAAAUACUCACCGACAUCUUCCAAAACAGGUGAAAGUCUGAAAAUAUUACCUCAUUUGCCAUUAGUAAGGAAUAUUGUUCCCUAUUUAGUACCAAACAAACACAUUUAAGCUUCACUUGCUUGGAACCAGUAAAUUUCUUUGUUUUUUUUUUUGCUUGGAAUGUUGCUAACUAUAAAGAGUUAAAUAUAAAGAAGAAGAUCUUAAUCAGCAUCAAAUUUUCGGUACUAAUUCUAUCUGCAAAGCUCAUGUUAUUUCUUUUAUAUAAUGUAUUCCAUGUUCUUGAGAUUGCACUUUCUUUGGAACAGGCGAUCCAAUGGGCGAAAGGUAUGAGAGAUAUCACAUCUUUGAUCACGGCCGUAGAGAAAGACAUGAGCAAGAAGCUCCAAGAGAAAGAUCAGGAGAUGAUGACCAGUGGUUAGAAGUGUUAAGAACAAUUCAUAGGAGGCUAUAGGCAUCCAUUAGUUUGGUGUAUGCUGUAGGAGGCUGAUUUAUAUAGCAUGAUCCAUGAAUAACGACUUGCACAGUAUCUGAAACAUUGAUUGUAAAUUUUAGAAACUUAGAAUCAAUAUAAUAAUGAUUUAUAUUCUUUUCUUGAGCAUUUUGAAUAACAAUUAAAAUGUACUAAUAUAUAUCCAAGAAAAGCAAGAAGUACUCAUUGAGCAACUUCGGAAGAAGAUGGCUUGAAGCAAAAUGAAUAUUUAUGUUUCGUGUUUAUCAGAAAGAAAUAGAUCCUUAAAUACACAACAACCGAAAGCAUGAAUUGCUCUUAAGUUAUACUUUCAUCAUUUGUUUCAUAUUUUCAAAUUAUACUAUCAAGUUAAAAUAAGUUUAUUUCUAAGAGAUUGAAACAAAAUCCCUACUUAGAAUUGGUACUUGGUCAAAUUUUUUAACCGUAAGCUUCAUCUCUCUCUCACAUGUGUUUUAUAAAUCAUUUAACUUCAAACCUACAUACACCAGAUCGAAUUGUAUUUUCCCUUUAUGAGCUGGAUCCAACCUGUUGUUUGAUGUGUGGCGAGAAACAUAAGACUUUGGAGACCUGUAUGGUUCACAUGCAUAAGCACCAUGGUUUCUUUGUUCCAGAUGUUGAGUAUCUAAUCCAGAAGGGCUUCUCACUUACCUCGGUCUUAAGGUUCGGACUCAUCAGUUUAGCAUUGUUGUAAAGCUUUGAAUUUUCUUAACUUUUAUUUACUCGUAUCCUACUGCUGAUCAUGAUUCAGGUCAAGAGAGACUUCAUGUGUCUCUACUGCAGUGAGCUGUGCCAUGCAUUCAGCAGCUUAGAAGCUGUAAGAAAGCAUAUGGAAGCAAAGAGUCCUUGCAAAUUGCAUUAUGGUGAUGGUGAUUUUGAGGAAGAUGCUUUGUUGCAUGUUUCCUUUUAUAAAAAAAUGUCAUUGUUUACUUUACUUUUUAAAGACAAAUCUGAAUUUACGUUUCUUCUAUCAUGAAUAUUUUAAAAAAGUUAAUUUGUUGUUUGCUACUUUUGAAAUUCAUUAAUACUCCCUCAUCUAGUAACUUCUGCCAUCAACUUUUCGUUUAGGAUAAACCAAUAAACUUCAAAAAAGGAAAAAAAAAUAAAUCCCCUAUACAUACGAACCGUAAACCAAUAAAAUGCACCGCCUGCCAAAACUUUUAAAAUUUUCACUUAGCAGGAGUCAAAAAUGCAUUCACAUACCUUCGAAAGUUAAGGACUCCAGACCUGAGAUCUCCUAACAUGCACUCAGAAAAUCCAUUAUUAGGUCAUGACUCUCAAUUCUUAAUUGUCAACUAAUUCUAUGUUGCUUGGACUAACAACUAACAAAUGAAAAAUAAAACUAAUUGGAUUCAAAAAAGAAAACAACGUCCGAACCCGGCGCUACUCCUAGUAUUAAUAUAAAAAACUCAUCUUGCAUAUGCCCGCAGGAUAUCUAGUUAUUUAGUACAAUGGUAAGAUCGUAGGAUGUUUCUCGGUUAAUGAUGAGAAUUAUAUGAUAUGAUCUUUAAAUUUAGUGACUUUCUAGUGAGAGUCCCUUUUAAAAUAUCAGAAAAAAGUUGCGAUUUAUAUUUUAAUAGAUAAGAUGUAAAUUAUCGGUUUAUAGUCAACUUAAUCCGCUCUGGAAGUGAAAAAAUUGAGGUCUCGAGUAAUUAACGGACGGACAAGUAGUUGUGAACCCCAACCAAAAGGAAAUAAUUAGUUUUAUAUCUAAAUUACUUCUGAAAUUUAUAUUCUUGAUUUAGACAACAUUUUCAGUUUCUUUUCCCAACAAAACUUUAUUUUAUUUGGUCUUAUUCUCAUCACAACGCUUAAAGAAUGCUCAUGAUCAUCAAAUCAAGAAGAAGAUGGAUCCAAAGUUGUUGUUCUGUUUGCCACAAGGAGAUGAAUUGUUUAACCCCCUUAAUACUCUGUUUAUUCAAAUGGGUUGCAUUCUCGUCUUCUCUCAACUAUUUUACCUCAUGCUCAAACCAUGUGGUCAAGCUGCUCCCGUCGCCCAGAUUCUCGCUGGUAUUGUGUUGAGUCCUGUUCUGCUCUCAAGAAUCCCUAAAGUUAAAGAGUUCUUCCUCCAGAAAGAUGCAGCAGAUUACUACUCUUUCUUCUCCUUCGUUUUACGAACAUCUUUCAUGUUCUUGAUCGGUCUUGAGUUCGAUAUACAAUUCAUGAGAAGAAACUUCAAGAAAGUCUCUGUAAUAACCUUGAGUUCCUUUUCGGCUUGCAGUCUCCUCAGCCUCGCCUUGGUCUAUAUACUCACCCCUUUGCUCCAUAUCAAAGAGGAUUACUUAACGCUUUUCAUGACUCUUUUCGUUACCUUGUCAAACACGUCAUCUCCUGUCGUCCUCCGUUCAAUUGCUGAUUGGAAACUCAACACAUCUGAGAUUGGACGGCUUACACUCUCCUGUGCGUUGUGCAUCGAAUUAUCAGACGUCGUGAUCUACACUUUAGUCAUAGCCUCCAUCUCUAAAUCUAUGAUAGGUAAUAUCUUCUUGUUUAUUUUCGCCACCGGAGCCCUAAUCUUGCUCAACAAGUUUCUAGCUGCAUGGCUCCCAAAGAGGAACCCUAAAGAAAAGUACCUAUCAAAAGCUGAGACUUUAGUUUUCAUCAUCUUCCUUCUCAUUAUCGCCGUAACAAUAGAAUCCUAUGAUGUUAACUCCUCGGUUUCGGUUUUCACCAUUGGUAUAAUGGUUCCACGACAAGGAAAGACUCACAGAACGUUGGUUCAACGGCUUGGUUACCCUAUCCACGAGUUUGUUCUUCCGGUUUACUUUGGUUACAUGGGAUUCAGAUUCAGUAUCACUGCGUUAACCAAACGUUAUUACAUCGGCCUCGUUAUUAUAGUGAUUCUAACCUUAGCUGGGAAACUUAUUGGUGUAAUAUGCGCUUGUAUGUACCUGAAGAUCCCCAAGAAAUAUUGGCUCUUCUUACCAACCAUUCUCUCUGUUAAAGGUCAUGUGGGUGUUCUUCUUCUCGACGCAAACUACUCCAAAAAGAAAUGGUGGACAACAACAAUUCAUGAUAUGAUGCUGGCAUCGUUGGUGGUCACGACGCUAGUAAGCGGUGUCCUAGCAUCGUUCUUGCUUAAAGCAAGAGAGAAAGACUUCGCUCCCCAGAAAACUUGUCUUGAAUCUCACGACACUCACGAGGAGCUACGCGUUUUAUCUUGCGUUUACGGAGUCCGCCACGCUCGUGGUACAAUCUCUCUUAUCUCAGCCUUGAGCGGUUCUCAUGGAGCCUCUAAGCCCUUCGCGGCUCUGCUUAUGCACCUCGUACCACUCCCCAAGAAACGAAAAUCAUCAGCACUCUUGUAUCACGAGCUCGGUGAUGACGUGCAUGGAGAUGAUGAGUUUGGAACCAACGAUGGGUUAGAGAUCAAUGAUUCGAUUGAUUCCUUUGCUAAAGACAGUAAACUCUUGAUCCAGCAGGUCAAGCUCGUGACCAAGAUGCUUAACAUGCACGUAGAGAUAUGUAACGCGACAGAAGAUCUUCGCGUUUCGAUUGUGUUUCUUCCGUUUCAUAAACACCAGAGGAUAGAUGGGAAGACUACAAACGAUGGAGAGAUUUUCAGACAGAUGAGCAGAAAUGUUUUAAGACACGCUCCAUGUUCGGUUGGUAUUUUUGUGGACCGGAACAUAACCGGGUUUCAACAACCGCAUGGGUUUGAUUCGGUACAACAUGUUGCUGCAUUGUUCUUUGGUGGUCCUGAUGAUCGUGAGGCUUUAGCUCUAUGGAGAUGGCUAGGUAACAACACUCUGAUUCAUCUCACGAUUAUACACUUCGUUUCAGAGGAUUCUCAGACAGAGAGUCCCGUAGGGAACACGACAACACAAGACAAUAACGAUGUUUUCAUCGAGGUUGCGGGAAGAGAUCAAACUGAAUACGAAGCAGACCGAAGUUUCUUAGAAGAAUUCCAGAACAGAUUUGUGACAACGGGACAAGUGGGGUUCAUGGAGAAGCGUGUGAGUGAUGGACCGCAUACGCUGACGAUUCUAAGAGAGAUAGGAGAGAUGUAUUCACUGUUUGUGGUUGGGAAGAGCAGCGGAGACAGCCCUAUGACGGUAAGAAUGAAAGAUUGGGAAGAGUGUCCGGAGCUCGGAACUGUCGGUGAUUUCCUGGCUUCAUCUUUAGAUGUAAAUGCUUCUGUAUUAGUUGUUCAAAGACAAAGACAUUCACAUGAUAACUUUCUAGAUGAUUAGCAAAACACAUCUUAGUUUCAGCCACUUUUCUAAAAAUCGGUCCGGCGGCUUCUAAACACUAAUUCUCUAUAAGACGUCUAACCACCAACUAGCGAUUUCUUGAACAUUGGAUUCAGCAGACUUCUGUAGGUUUAUGAAGAUAUUACAUUCACAUAUGAAACACACUGAGUAUCAAACGGUUCAGACCCCUUACAAUAUUAUUCAGUAAAGAAAAAAAUAGAUUUUGAUGAAGCUUAAUGUUCAGCAACUAGGGCUAGUCUUCAAGGCUUGGUCACUCUGCUCUUGUGCUUCCAUUGUAUCACAAAGACUUGAACCUUUAGUCUCAGGAAGAAGCAAAGCGAAUAACCCGAGACCCGACACUACCAACCCGAAAA